AUGGCGAACAACCUCCGCAACCCGACCCUCGGUCUCGCCCUCCUCUCGCUGGGCCUCAGCAUCGCCGUCAUCGGUACUGCCGGCCGCAGCUUACAUGUCUAUUACUCCGAGCACAGCACGAACAUGUGGCUACUUCCCGUCUGGCCGAACCACUUCGACCUUCGAGAACUGCAGAUGCUGGUCGGAAGCGCUGCAGCGGUGGUGGUGUGCAACCUUGUGCUUGGGACGAGCUUGGUGGUUGCUAAAGUGAGCAUCCUGCUCACAUUCGACGGUGGGAGAGCAAACGCUGACAUCCGCCUUCAGCUGCCAGCCAACGGCAUCGUCGUCGUGUCCUCCUUCCUCAGCACCAUCGUAAUGAUGAUCGCCCUCAUCUUCACCACCGUCCUCAACUGGCGCGCUCCUCACCGCGACACCCUCAAAACCUGGACAUGCCGCUGGAGCAACGUACCCCGGAGCCUCUACAGCCUUGGGCCACCAGAACAGUUCCACGAUCUCUGCCAGAAGACACGCUUCGCCUACUUCUCCCUCAUCCCCCUCUUCAUCCUGCAAGUCGCGCUCCUCGGCCUGGGCAUCUGGGCGCUGUUCUCCAAGCGUCCGCAACGCUCGGGACACAGGGAGCUGGAGAAGGGUGGCGACUACCCGUUGAGCAAUGUCCAGAGGCAGAAUGUUAGCUUCGAGACGAAGAGUGCGAGUCCGCAGAGCUAUCAGACUAGGAACUUUAGUGGUGGGAAGUCGUGA